GUGUGGGCAGAUGUUCCGUCAUGUUCCAUCCCUCGCAAUACGAGGGACUUCCCUUUGUUGGCCGCAGGCGCUUGCGGAGCUUUCUGGCGCGGUGGUACGAUGAUGAAGGAGAGCCGCUGAGCCUUCUUCGGACUCCUGCCCCGUCUCCUGAGGCAUCUAAGAGCCGAGAUUCCCUCGAAAGUUCUGACGGACUCGAGGAAGCAGCCUUUUUGCAGGAUUACUUUCAGUCUCAGGAACAGGCCUACCACGCCAUGUUACGUUUCAUCAGCCAGGUGUCCGUCCAUUUGAAUUACUGGCUGGAUUGGGCAACUCCGGUCCGACGUCGCCCGCGGUGGGCUCAUCGCUUGGGCAGGAAACUUUGGAGCAGCUGGCUGGUGCUGCUCGGUCAACCUCAAGUCACACUGCCAGAGCGCUGUGCCUCGCAGUUUGCGCGGCUCAAUGAGGAGCUGUGCAGAUUGCUGGCAUUCAUCCAGGUCUCGUCCUUCGAGCUGCUCUCCUCGUGCCUGGACACUGAGGCAGAGCGCUGCCAAGCACUGACCAAGGCGCUGCACAGCUUGGCUUGGCAGACGCGUGUGGCUGCUGCGACGGCAGCCGAGCUGUCUUCGGCUUCCACACGGAGGUGGCUUGGCAAUGCACGUUUAUGGGAUCAGGUACGAGAUUUGGAGGCGGUCUCCAUGCCAGACUCUUCCAAUGGCAGCUCCAAGCACUCCGCAUAUUCGCAGGAGAGCUUGGUCAAGAAGGGCCGGCUCCAGCUGCAGCAGAAUAAUUUGGCCUUCGAGGUCAUGGCAGACAGCAUGAUCAACUUCAUGGAAGGCAAUGGCCAGAUGAGCCACAUUCACAAGUGGUGGCCUCUCUACAGCGGCGCCACUCUGGGUGCGCUGCUUCUUUCAUGGAGGCUACGACUGUCUGACCGUUCGGUGAGAGAGACACUUGCAAAGCAAGCAAAGGAAGUGGUGAUACAGUUCCUGCGCGAGUGGAUCGUGUCCCCGAUCGAGCAAGUUGUUGAGGCCCUUUUCUUGCGCAGUCCAAAGGAUGACUUGCGCGUGCAGCUCCGGGAUCUUAGGGCCGAAGAGGAAACUUUGGAUCGGAUGGUGUCCGGUUUUGCAAAGUUUGCACGGGCUGAGUCGCACUUCAAGAGCGAAGCUGGAGGCGCUGGUGACGAGGAGCUCCCCGAGCGUUACUUCGAGUGGUCAAUGACGAAACCCAUCAGCAAUGUCAUCACAGGACACCUGAUGGAGUCGUGCAUGGUGCAGAGUCAGAAACUGAAGGUGUUGCUGUAUGCCUCGCUGUACUCCAUCGACGCAGUCAUGACACAGCUGAAGUGGGAUUUUGUCAUGGCAGGAGUGAUGCCGAUGACUCUACUUUGCUUCUCCGUAUACUGGAUAAUUUCGGGGUCCAGGAGAAGGCGGCAGUUGGACUUCAGGAAGAAGAUGGUGCGGGCGCUCGCGGAGAUGGACCGCUACCUGAACCGCAAUAUUCAGUCCUUGGCUCCACGCCACGUCUCCUUUGGCAUAGCCCAGCAGCUGCAGAGGCCAAAGCGUGCCGGUCAAGACAUUGCUGCAGCAGGAUUUCCCAGCGAAGGCGGUGUGGACUUGGACAAGGCUGCCGGUGGGGUGCCUAGCCCGCCCCAGCAGGUUUGUGAUGCGUCAAUGAGAUUUGUGAGCACGUUCGCUGGUUUGCUAAUCUACUUCCGUACUUUCGGACGUUGCACGAUGUCACUCCUGGCCGUGCUGCUGAGCGCAGCCGUCGCCCAUAAGAUACAGAGUCCAGUGGCGGUGCUGGAUGACAAUGCCUCCGAUUGUGCUGCAGCACUCCUGCAGAGACAGGCGGAUAAGGUGGAGCAGAAAGCCGCGAACAGCCCCAAGCUCAAAGAAGAUGUUGAGUGGAGGGCUCGCCAGAUGGUCCUGCUGAAAGCCCAGGAGGAGGCAGUAGCGCAAUCUUGGUCGAGGCUGCUCGGCUGGUUCUCGAAUGAAAAGAUUCAGACGGCCAUGGAGGUCCCACUGAUUCGGCAAUGGCAUGUGGUGUCAGAGCAGCUUCUAGAUCGGGGCCUCACGACGAAAGACUGUAAAGACACCGUUCGCCCAGAAGCAGGGAUCAUGGCCCCGUACGCAGAUCCUGGAGCCGCCAGCUCCGGCUAUGGCCACGCCCAUGCGAGGUGCCUAGCAGGGACGGCAGCGAGCCUCCCGACCACGCCGCUGAUUUUGCGUGAGGCGGGCAGACCCGCACCGCUGGAAUCAGUGGACAGCACGCUUGCCUCCGUGACUCCUGUCCGGUAUUCGCCAUCACGAAUUGAGGACAGCUAUGCCGGCUUGGACUUUGCAGGCAAAGUCGAGGCAGCGCAGCCCGCGGGAAGAGAGCUGAUGCUGGAAGGCGUUUGGGCUUCAAAGUUGCGAGCAGCCGAAGAAGAGAAGCUGGAGCUCCUCCGAAAGCUUGAGGCAGAGAACCGGCGGAAUGUGGAGCUAGAAGGCGAGCGAAAGGGGCUGAAAACUUCUUUGGAUCGCAUGGAGAAGCUGCUGUCCGACAUGGCUGUUGCGUCACUGCCGCCGCAGGACGUGAGGGCUCUCUCUCCACCCUCCCUGCGAGCGUCCUUCACCGAAGCCAGCGAGGCUAUCCGAAGUCGAGGAGGCAGAGAGGCUCUGAGUCCACAGAGCGCACAGCCACACGUCUUGUCACCGAGCCGCUUCGGCUGGAGCAGAGUGGGCCAGCGAGUGGGCUCGGAGCCCAGCGCACCCAGAGUGGGCCCAUCAAUCGGCGCAGAUUCGCAGAACCUGGGCCUUUUCGUGGCCUCUUUGUGGUUCCAAUGGUCGUCCCAGGUCUUCCGAGGUGUGCAGCGGACAGCCUGUGCGUACUUGUGCCAACUGUCUGUCAACUUCUUGCACAGCCCAGAUUUGCAGGUAACUCGGGACAACGAUCGCUAUAGCUUUGCGAUGCUGAAAACGACCUUGCAGCUGCUGUGGAGCGAUGUGAUGUCAUCCGCAGGGAGCGGGAACGAGGCCGCCAUGUCCGUGCAAAGAGAACGGAAGAAGCCGAGGUAUUUGCUGGCUGGUGCGAGUGCAUGCAUUUCGUUGGACGACCUGUACUCGGCCAGCCUGCACUUUGUGCAUUUACAGCGUCACUUGGGCGUCUUUGUGGGAGAGCCGUCCGCAGAGGAAGCGAGGAGGGCCCUUGCGCGACGAGCAGCUUUGGCCGCGGCCGAGCUGCUCCGGCUUGGUAGCCGAGUUGGCCUCCCAGCAGAUGUUUGGCGACGCGUGAUUCGGACGGCCCUUCCGCUGCAGAGCUUUGGCUUCGAGGAGGGAUUCCCCAAGCUGUCCGAACUGGCAGCAACGACGGGACUGAAACACAACAUGGGUGCGAGUGCUGACAUUUCAUGCCGGAGAGAAUGUGCAGCUCUGAACUGGGCCUUGGUUUCGUGCGUGAACGAAGGCCCGCUCGCCUACACCUACGGCCGCUGGCUCCGGCGCCAGGAUGCUGAGCUUGCCGCAGCGGUUCGCGCAGCAGAGCUAGCAGCAUUGCAGGUGGAGCGUCGGAAGGCCGAGCAGGAGCGGACCAAGCAGGAGGAGAAGCGCAAGAAAGCACAGAAGCUGUUGUCGGACACCAAAAUGGCUUUGGAAGCGGCUUUUGACGGUGAUGUGGAUGCGCUCCUGAAAUUGCUGGAUUCAGGCAUGCCCGCCGAUGCCGCCAAUCCGGCGGGCAUCACACCACUCAGCGAGGCGGCGGCUGCCGGAAAGGAGGAGACCGCGCAGGUGCUCCUGGAGAGGAAGGCAAACCCAAACAGCCGCGGCGAGUUCAACCGAACACCUCUGUGGAGAGCCGCGUACAGUCGGCACAGCAAUCUGGUGCCACUUCUGCUUGAAGCAGGUGCUGAUCCCAGACUCCGAGACGACGAAGGGCAAACUCCUGCCGACGUGUGUGCGCAGGAUGAGCUGUGCGAGCUUUUUGCAGCCUGGGAUGUUUCGCGUACUGAUGAGCUUGUGGAGGAUUUUCAAGACUGGGUGGCGGAAAUCCAGCGCCAGGAACAGCACCGGCAAAGGGAGGCAAUGCGAUAUGUGGAAGAAGCUUUCGAGGCAGCUGUCAAAGCCUAUGAGGCCACCCAGAUGAUGCUUGCAAAGGCCAAGGCACAGAUGCGCAACCGAGAGAAGGAGUAUGGUAUGAAGUUGGCGGCGGGUCACAAGGAUGCUGUUGACGCCUGUGCCUCUGCUGAUGCAGCUUUACAACGAGCCGAGGCUGAAGCUGCAUCUGCUCAGCGGGACUUCGAUGAGGCCCAGCGCCGGCGACUUGCCGCGGCCGAGGCCGUGGGCGCUGAGGCCCAGGUGGGUCCUGGGCGCCUAGUGCCCGUGGCGCAGCUGAACAAUGUGCUGCUGCGCGACCUCGGCGAGCGCAUUGCACAAGGUGGCCCAUGGCCGCUGGUGCUGGAUCCGGGGGACGUAGCGCAGAAGCUCAUCCAGUAUUCAGGAAGUUCGCUCCUCAACUUCUUCCGGUCGGGUGACAUGGAGCCUGAGCGUAUUCGCAUCGCUUUACUCAACAUGAUCCGAGGAGGCGGCGUGUUGGCCGUGGAUCUUCAUGGCUUCGGGGCUGGAGUUGGCUUAGAGCUGCUCUCACAGCCCUUCGAAAACGUGAGGGAAAACCUCUUCCAAGAUCUUUGCAGCCGGACGCUGCUGCAAGCGGCCAAGGGCAAGCGCAUGCCGGAGUUCUAUGAUCUUGUGAGGAAGGAGGAGCGACAGGAACGCUUCAAGGCCCAAAUGUUUGACGACAAGAUGAUAGCUAGGUUUAAGUUCAUGGUCCUCACAUCAACAGAGCUGCCGCACAAAGAACUGCUGGAGCACUUCGAUGUGAUCCGUGUUGUACAUGCUUCAGCGUAA